CCUCCCUCACACUUACAUUACACUCUCCAUUUCUCAUCCCUUUUCUUCUCUUCACUCUUCAUUUCCUGUCACUACUCUCCUUCUUCUUUGAUCUAUAUAUUCUGCCACAACAGCACAGCACACAAUAACUAAACCACAACAUUUGAAGUUAGUUACUUACUUUCUUUUGAAACUUUGAUUGUGUCAAAAUGACGCAGCAGAAUGUGGUAGUGUCUGAUACUAAAUCCGGAGUUUCCUUAACGGUUUUUCCAACAACAACACAAAAGCCACCGGCGGCGCCUGGAGGGUAUAUUUCCAUUCCGAGGAGGAGGGUUUUGAAGAACCUUGAAAUCAAUGGAGGCCAAAGAAUCAAUGCAUGGGUUGAGUCCAUGAGAGCCUCCUCUCCUACCCAUCAUAAAUCCACACCUUUGUCUCAGGAGCAUAACUCUUGGAUUCUUCACCAUCCAUCAGCAUUAGACAUGUUUGACCAAAUUAUUGACGCGUCAAAGGGAAAACAAAUUGUCAUGUUUCUGGACUAUGAUGGCACGCUGUCUCCUAUAGUCGACGACCCUGACCGUGCUUUCAUGUCUGAUUCGAUGAGAAAAACAGUGAGGAAACUUGCUAGGUGUUUCCCUACUGCUAUAGUGACCGGCAGAUGCAAAGACAAGGUUUACAAUUUUGUUCGAUUGGCAGAGCUAUAUUAUGCAGGAAGCCAUGGCAUGGAUAUUAAAGGACCAACAAGAAGCUCCAAAUACAACAAAGAUAGCAAAGCUGAGGCAAUCCUUUGUCAACCUGCCAGUGAUUUUCUUCCCUUGAUAGAUGAGGUGUAUCAACAAUUAGUUGAAAAGACAAAAUCAACUCCUGGAGCUCUGGUUGAGAACAACAAGUUCUGUCUUUCAGUCCAUUUUCGUUGCGUUGAUGAAAAGAAAUGGAGUGAACUGGCACGCCAAGUGAAAUCAGUUUUAAAGGAGUACCCGAAGCUUCGACUUACCCAAGGAAGAAAGGUGCUAGAGAUUCGUCCCACUAUUAAAUGGGACAAAGGGAAAGCCUUGGAAUUUUUAUUAGAGUCACUAGGUUUGGCCAAUUGUAGUGAUGUCUUUCCUGUUUAUAUUGGCGAUGAUCGAUCCGAUGAAGAUGCUUUCAAGAAAUUAAGAGACAGAGGACAAGGUUUUGGCAUUCUUGUCUCCAAAUUUCCGAAAGACACAAGUGCAUCUUACUCUUUGCAAGAACCCAACGAGGUGAUGAACUUUCUUCAACGCUUGGUGGAGUGGAAACAUGUGUCCCUGGGAGCACGUUCCCGAGUGUAAACGAGAAAGAUGAAAUGACAUGCACAUCCCUACCCUGCCAUGAAAAAGAAGCUCAACUUGGGUAGAAUAUAGGAUGUUUUGUAUUUUUUGUUCAAGUCAGAACAAAAAUGUAUGGAAAAAGAAAGACAAAAGUGUUUUUCUUAGUUUGAAAGACGUCUACAUUCAUGUAAUUAGCCAAGUAGUACUCAGUACAUGGGAAAAAAGAUUAUGUAGCCUUCAGAUGCAAGUCUGAAUGGAUUAAAUUUUCCCUCUUCCUUGUUACAUCGAUCAAACUAUGAUUAAGUAUGGUUUCUCAACCGUGAUUUUGUUUUUUGUCUCA